AUGUUGAACCAGCAGUUUUGCGAGAGCUGCUGGGCGAUGACGGCGACGGACCUUGUGAGCAUCGUGUGGGCGCAGAUCAACAAUCAGACGGCUGAGCUGCUCUCCACGCAGCACGCGUGCGACUGCUCGUCGUCCGGCUGCUGCCGCGGCGGCUGGCCCGAGUGGGUCUUCCAGUUCAUUAUGGCCAACGGCGGGGUGGCUUCUAACGUGGAUUAUCCGUACGCGGGCGCGAUGAACUCGACCUGUGCAAGCGUCGCGAAGUCGAAGCUCAAGGCGAAGAUGAACGGGUGGGAGAAGGUGCCGGCGAGGAGCAACACGGCGCUGAUGAAGGCCGUGGCUCAGCACCCCGUGCUCGUGUACAUCGCCGGCAGUAGCAAUGACUUCAUCAAUUACUCGGGUGGGAUUUUCUUCGGGCAGUGCAGCGGCGAAAUCGACCACGCCGUGUUGGUCGUAGGCUACAGUCUCGUCAACCCUAACUCGCCAGUCUGGAUCGUCAAAAACACCUGGGGACCCUCCUGGGGCGAAGGCGGUUACAUGCGGUUACCCAUGCUAGCAGACGGGCCUGGCAAGUGUAAUAUGCUAAGCGAACGGGGACUUUACCCUACCUUUUAUGAUAAGACCAAGGGAGCGGCUCUCUGCAAGCUUCCAAUAAAUCCGUGCGGAGGCGGGACGUGUGUGGUGACAAACGGUGGGGCGCGGUGCAGUUGCCCGCCUGGAUUUGUCGAGAGAUUGGAGAACGACGCGCCGAAGUGCACCGUCGCUACGCCUUGUGAUGCGAAUCCGAAUCCGUGCGGUAUCGGGACAUGUUACAACGAGUUUGAUGGCAGCUACACUUGCGCAUGCCCUGCUGGCUCGGUGAUUGGUUCGCGUGUUGAGGGUAGCAUGACUUGUGUUCUCGGCACGUUCCAAUCGGGCCUCCAAACCUACACAAUUCUGCUAGGCGACACCUGCCAAACCGUCGCCAGCACAUUCGGAUUCACCAUAGACUUUCUCCAAACCAAGAAUCCGUUCCUCGACUGCUCCCAACCACUCACCCCGGGUUACGUCAUCCUCGUUGGUUCUACAAGCACGACUUUAGGCUGCUCCGCGAUGGAUAUAGUCAACCCUACCGACACAUGUAGCACAAUUGCUGCGCGCAACAAUAUCACUGUACGCCAGUUGUUAGGGAUCAACCCGACCCUCAACUGCAACGUGUCGCUGCAGCGUUCGCAGAUGCUGUGCGUCGCGCCGGGCGCUCUGUCGUCCACGUCGCCCCUGAUCCGUUCGUGCGGGCGAGUGUACAACGUGGGACCACAGGAUCGAUGCGUGGACAUCGCCCGCGGAUUCAACAUCUCGCUUCUAGAUUUCCUCUGGUUGAAUCCAGGGCUCCGGUGUGACGACAACCCAAUCAACAAUGCCAUUGCCGUCUGUGUGGCUCCCCUCACCACAGAGUUCGUCACGGUGGACUGCUCGGCAUGGUACACAGUCAGACAGGCAGACACGUGUCCUCUAAUGGCAAACUCAGUGGGGCUCACAGUCAACCAGUUCCUCCGCCUCAACCCGGGCCUCAGGUGCUACCCGCCGUACCUCCAAAUCGGGCAGAAAGUGUGUGUGAACGGCACAACACAGUCCAUGACCAAGUACCCGCUCUCCCCGAACGUGAUCCCCUACUCUGUGGGGGUGAAUGACACGCUCACGUCCAUCUCACAGCAAUACGCCUCCAUGUGUCCCAACAACACGUUCCCCGCGGAUAUCUGCUCCUCAAACUCCUUCCCAGACUGCACAGACCAGUCGAUCACGCCCAGCCAAAUGAUCCUCAUUCCCUGCACGAGAAAGAUCGCUGGGGACAUUUGCGCGGAUUCGCUCCCCGUCUGCGGGGCAGACUAUGUGACUUACAAGUCGGUGUGUCAUGCGGUGCUCAGCUUUGCCCUGCCGCUGGAAGAGGAUGACGUGUCAAAGCUGGAUGUCCCGUGCGCGUGCUCCGGUAGUCUCAAGUACGCGCAUCACGAUUGCAUCCAGAGGUGGUGCAACGAGAAGGGCAACACGCAGUGCGAAAUUUGCCAUCACCCGUUCAAAGAGGGCUACACCGCGCCGCCGCCGCCCGCCUCUCCGCCAAUCACGCCGGGGCUCGUGGCGCUGCAAUUCCGCGACGGCGCGGGGCAGCUGAGCCACAUCGUCACGUUCCGCGACGCGGUGACGGGCGAGGAGCUGCGCUUCGGCCUCGAGGACUUCGCGUCCGCGCCCGCGGCGCCGGAAAUCCCGGAGCCGGCGACCGUCAGCUGCUUAAAGUCGCUCAUUAUCAUCGUUCUGCUUCUAAUAUUUGCGCGGCACUUCUUCGCACUCGUGCUGGAGGCGAGUGGCGACGACGACGACGUUGACGAAGACUCGGCAGAGUUCACGAUUUUUCUGAUGCAGCUGCUCGGCAUUCUGCUGCCGUGCUUCAUCCUAGCGCGCGCCCUCGCUGCCAUUCACGACCGCUACCGCCAG